AUGCCGUCACCUGGGCAGAUCCCGACCCCUGGAAGCCCGAGGACAUAGGUGCAGCUGCUGCUGUGGACCCAAAGGGUGUGGAGGCAAGGAAGAGCCUUGAACCGUGAGGGGGCCGUUAACUCUAAGAUGUCCUUGAGCAGCGGAGCUUCCGGAGGGAAAGGAAUCGAUGCGAACCCAGUUGAAACGUACGACAGUGGGGAUGAAUGGGACAUUGGAGUAGGGAAUCUCAUCAUUGACCUGGACGCUGAUUUGGAGAAGGAUCAGCAGAAAUUGGAAAUGUCGGGCUCCAAAGAGGUGGGGCUUCCAGCACCCAAUGCGGUGGCUACCCUGCCUGAUAACAUCAAGUUUGUGAGCCCAGUGCCAGGCCCACAGGGCAAGGAGGGCAAGUCCAAGUCGAAAAGGAGCAAGAGUGGCAAGGACAGUGGCAAGCCAACCCCGGGGACCUCCUUGUUCACUCCCAGCGAGGGAGCGGGUGGCAAGAAGGAGGCUCAAGGACGCUCUGGGGACAGCGCGAACUCUGGUGGCUUGGUGCCUGCCGUCACCCCGAAGGGCUCGGAGAAAUCGGCCAAGGCAUCUCGCAGUGUGGCUGGCUCCAAGAAAGAGAAGGAGGGCAGUUCAUCGAAAAGCAAGAAGGAAAGGAGUGAGGGUGCGGGGGCUCCAUCGGAGAAGGAGCCCAAUGUACUGCAGCCCCUCGCCCUGGCUGUGAGGGUGGGACAGUAUGAUGGGGGCCAGGGGACAGAGCCUGCUGCUGCCGAGCAGCUUGGGAGUAUAGCUAUUGACACAGGAGCUGCACUCAACCCCUUGGGAGUUAAGUCGGAACUGGAGGAUGGGGAAAGUGAGUGCCGGCAGCUGAAAAAGGUCAAAUCAGAGAAGAUGGAGUCUCCGGUCUCGACGCCUGCAGUGUUGCCCUUGCACCUCCUCGUCCCUGUUGUCAACAACGACAUCUCGUCGCCUUGUGAGCAGAUCAUGGUGCGCACCCGUUCUGUGGGAGUGAAUACGUGUGAUGUGGCACUGGCCACCGAGCCGGAGUGUCUGGGCCCUUGUGAACCUGGGACCAGCGUGAACCUGGAGGGCAUUGUCUGGCAAGAGACAGAGGAUGGUAUGCUGGUAGUCAACGUGACCUGGAGGAACAAGACAUACGUGGGGACGCUGCUUGACUGUACGCAGCACGACUGGGCACCUCCCCGGUUCUGCGACUCUCCUACCAGCGACCUCGAGAUGCGCAACGGCCGGGGCAGGGGCAAGCGCAUGCGCCCCAACAGCAACACGCCUGUGAACGAGACCGCCACGGCUUCAGACAGCAAAGGGACCAGCAACAGCAGCAAGACCCGGGCGGGAGCCAACAGCAAAGGGCGCCGGGGAAGCCAGAACUCCUCAGACCACCGCACGCCACCCAGCGGCACCACAGAGGACGUAAAGGCCAGCCCCUCCUCCGUGACCAAGCGGAAAAGUAAGCCCCUCUCAGAUAUGGAGCUGAACUCCAGCUCGGAGGACUCGAAGGGCAGCAAACGCAUCCGCACUAAUUCGAUGGGCUCGGCAGCGGUGCCCCCAGCCACGGUCAAGGUGGAGCCAGCUGUCCUGGAUCGAAAUUGCCCCUCUCCCAUCCUCAUUGACUGUCCCCACCCAAACUGUAACAAGAAGUACAAGCACAUCAAUGGGCUCAAGUACCACCAGGCCCACGCACACACAGAUGAUGACAGCAAGCUGGAGGCGGACGUGGACAGCGAGUACGGCGAGGAGCCCUCCUUGCACUCGGACAUUGGGAGCUGCAAUGGUGCUGCCGUCUCUCAGAAGGGCUCGCUCUCGCCAGCUCGCUCAGCCACCCCAAAGGUCCGCUUGAUGGAGCCCCACAGUCCCUCCCCAUCUAGUAAGUUCAGCACCAAGGUCCCUUGCAAGAAGAAGCUGGGUGGGGAAGGAGACACUGACCCCGGUGCCCUGUCCAACGACGGCUCUGAGGAUGGUCCCUCGGUGGCCGAUGAGACGAGUAACGACGGCUUUGACUCACUGGAGAAGAGGUGCGUUGAUAAGGACAAGUCCAAGAAGGCAUCUGCUGCUAAGCCGGAGAAGAUCUCUUCCAAAAGCUUGAAGUCUGCCAGACCCAUUGCCCCAGCCAUCCCCCCACAGCCAAUUUACACCUUCCAGACAGCCACCUUCACUGCAGCCAGCCCUGGUUCUUCCACAGGCCUCACCACCACUGUGGUCCAGACCAUGCCCAAUAGCCCUCAGCUCAAGCCCAUUCAGCCAAAGCCUACAGUGAUGGGAGAGCCCUUCACAGUCAACCCUGCCCUGACCCCUUCCAAGGAGAAAAAGAAAAAGGACAAGAAGAAGAAGGAGCCCAAGGAAGUAGAAAACCCUCUGACUCCUGGGAAAGUCUGCAGAGCGGAAGAAGGCAAGAGCCCUUUCCGGGGGGAAUCCAGCGACCUUGGGACAAAAGGCGAGGGACUGCUGAACGGUUCAUCUGACCCUCACCAGAGCCGGCUCGCCAGCAUCAAGGCUGAGGCGGAUAAAAUCUACAGCUUCACAGACAACGCUCCGAGCCCCUCCAUCGGUGGUGCCAGCAGGCUGGAAAACACCAACCCAACCCAGCCCAUGACCCCACUGCACGUCGUGACCCAGAACGGAGCAGAAGCGAGCUCGGUGAAAACCAACAGCCCAGCCUACUCGGACAUCUCUGACGCAGGUGAGGAUGGGGAGGGCAAGCUGGAAAGUAUGAAGGCAAAGGAUCCUGAGCAGCUGGUCAAGGAAGGUGCAAAGAAAGCUCUCUUCCCCCCACAAUCCCAGAGCAAAGAGUCCCCUUACUACCAAGGCUUUGAAACCUACUAUUCCCCUGGCUACCCCCAGGCAAGCCCGGGGCCCUUGAACCCUGGCAGCCAGGCUGCGGCCGAGACGCAGGCCUUGAAGCUAAAGAAAGACGAGGAGCAAGAGAGCCCGGAGGUGAAAGUGAAGAGCGAGGGCUGUGAAGAGAAGAAGGCAGAGCUUGGCAGCUCCAGCCAGCAGCCCUCGGUCAUCCAGCAGCGUCCCAACAUGUACAUGCAGUCCCUCUACUACAACCAAUACGCCUACGUGCCCCCCUAUGGCUACAAUGAGCAAGGCUACCAUGCUCACCUGCUGAGCACCAACCCUGCCUACCGCCAGCAGUAUGAGGAGCAACAGAAGCAGCGACAGAGCCUGGAGCAGCAGCAGCAGCGAGGACUGGAGAAGAAGGCGGAGCUGGGCCUGAAGGAGAGGGAGGCAGCUCUCAAAGAGGAGUGGAAGCAAAAGCCACCCAUGCCCCCGACGCUUACCAAGGCCCCAAGCCUCACGGACCUUGUCAAGUCAGGGCUGAGCAAGGCCAAGGAGCAAGGAGGUGCUGAUAUGGCUAAGUCUGUGAUCAUCCCCAAGCUGGAGGACUCGUCGAAGCUGUCUGGCAGCCAGGUAGCCGAGGGACUUAAGGUGAAGCUGAGUGAGGCCAGUCACCUUGGGAAAGAGAGCACCGAGACGAAGACUGGCUCUGAGUGUGGCCGGCAAGCAGAGGUGGACCCUGUCCUCUGGUACAGACAGGAAGCAGAGCCCCGGAUGUGGACCUAUGUUUACCCUGCAAAGUACUCGGACAUCAAGACGGAGGAUGAGCGGUGGAAAGAGGAGAGGGAUCGGAAGUUGAAGGAAGAAAGAAGUCGAAGCAAAGAAGCUGUGUCCAAGGAAGACGGGAAGGAGAGCGCCAGCUCUGAGUGCAAACUGACCCCCACCGAGGAGGCUCGCAUGGUGGGGAAGGACCCCAGGCCGAGUGUCCAUGUCCCCGUAUCUUCACCCCUCACGCAGCACCAGUCCUACAUCCCCUACAUGCACGGCUACUCCUACAGCCAGUCGUAUGACCCCAACCACCCCAGCUACCGGGCCAUGCCCACGGUCAUGAUGCAGAAUUACCCAGGAUCGUACCUCCCCUCCAGCUACUCCUUCUCCCCGUAUGGGAGCAAGGCGUCCGGGAGCGAUGACAGCGACAAGUCCCGAGCCAGUCCCAGUGUGAGCUGUAAAUCCAGCUCGGAGUCUAAGGCCCUGGACAUCCUGCAGCAGCACGCCAGCCACUACAAGAGCAAAUCGCCUACGAUAAGCGAGAAGACGUCUCAGGAGAGGGACCGCAGUGGCUGCGGGGUGGUGGGGGGCGGCGGGAGCUGUAGCAGUGUUGGCGGAGCAGGAGGUGGGGAAAGGAGUGCAGACCGGCCCCGGACCUCGCCAUCUCAACGCCUGCUCUCGACGCAUCACCACCACCACCACCUCGGGUACUCGCUGCUGCCAGCGCAGUACAACCUGCCCUAUGCAACAGGUCUCUCCUCCACCGCCAUCGUUGCCAGCCAGCAGGGCUCCGCUCCCUCCCUAUACCCACCUCCCAGGAGGUGAGAAUGGACGUGAUGCGCUGGGAUGCCUGGGCUGUACGAGACAUGUGACUGGCUCACAUGAGGAAGCGCUGGAGACUCCUUUAGACAUCAGUUGAAUGGUGUUAAUUGUUCUGCUUGACGUUCCUGCCGUAAUCGAGGCAGACUCUGUCUUCUCCCCCGUCGGACACACACUGAAUCCCCCCCUCUACACCCUUCCCUUUGGUGAGUGGGCGAGCUGGUACCUAUGGAAAUAUUUAUUCUAGUGGGCACUGGCGCUCGGGAUGGAAGUGAAUCGCCUGCCUGGUGCAUAUGAAGAGGAAACGGAAGCACUGAGGUUUCUCGAUGGAUUUGAGACCCUGCUGUGUCUCUGGGAGUCACUGCUUCAUGAUGGGUCUGAGCAUCACAGGACUUGGGGUGGGCAAGUGGCAUGGGCUGGGGUGCUGCCUCCUGCAUCCCUUGUGCCGUGUGUUCCUCGCUAGGGUUGAACCACAAGUCAGAGCUGGAAGUGGAGUUGCAGUCUCAGGAAAGAGAGUUCUGGCUACUCUUAUUAGUGCUGUGGAGUCAAGGUGGGUGUUGGAGACGCUUGUGCGGAUGGAGACGGUCAGCCCUGUGGGAUGCGUCGAUAGGCAAAAAUGUUCGUGCUUGUGCGGCACAGAUAUGUCAGCAGGUCAAGCAGUGCCUGCAAGUUUGAGUAGGGUUGUAGCCAUCCAAAAUCCUCAGUCAGUCCACCUGCACCAGGUCUGAGGGGCCCACUGCCAUGGCGCUGCUGCAAACAGGCAGCUGGGCAUUGCGGCGCUACGCACCUCUGUGCCCUGCUACUCUCCUCCGUCUCCUGCUCUGGGCUCUCCCUGCUUUUCUGCUCCGGCCCAGCAGCAGUGGUUGGUACUCCUGUGCCCCAUGGCGAGGACCAGGUGCAAAGCAGCUCACGCUGCUCUGCUCUGCUCUGACCAUGCCUGCGUGGGAAGGAGCCGCCUGGGUGGCUGGCUCUGCUCCUGGCACCCUGCACAGGGCAGGCGUUAUUGGCCUCAUUGCAACUGGAGCAUCCCACAAUGUGCUGGCCAGUGGGU